AUGUCCCGCAGUCAGAAUUGGUUUGAAUGGCUGGUCGGUGCUCGGGGGCUUUAUUCACCGCCAACCGCAACGGUUACUGUGUUCCGGAACGGAGAUGGUUUUUACCCCGGUCGAAGGUUUGUCACCAAUCAACGCCAAUCAUUCACUUUUGACAGCUUUCUGAACACUGUCACUCGAGGCAUUACAGCUCCAUUUGGGGAAGUGCGAAACAUUUACACCCCUAAGGGUCAUAAGGUGUUGGAUCUGGAGCAGCUGGUGCACGGAGAGAGAUACUGGAUGUGGAAGUCGGAGCAGAGAGACACUGAAACAACCAUGAAAACAACUGAAACAAGUCAUUCACAUUCACAUGCUGUCAUCACACACCAUAUAAACCAUUACAAAAAGAAAAGUGAACCGAUCCAACCUGUAGUUCACAGCAGAAUAAUUGUCCCAGCUCGAUGGAAUAGAAUCAGUAAUGAGUCGUGCACCAUCAAUGUUUUUACCAACUUGGUUCCUCCAGCACUGGUGCUGAUUCCAAAACACAUGCUUGUCAGCUGGGAAAAGGUGUUGGCCAUGGUGACCGAGAAAGAUCACCUUCGCACUGGAGCUGUGCACAGGUUGUGCAUGCUGAAUGGGAGGCCUUUACGUGGAGCAUAUGAGCUGAAGAACAACCACUGUUAUGUUGCUGUAGGGCCAUCUUAUCAUCUGGUUCCAUGCAAAGGAGAUUUCCAUCGCACAAGAGUAGAUGUUAAAAUUCAUACUGAUCUGUAUUUGGCUUUUGCCAAGCACACACGAUGGCUGCAACUACAGAUCAACAAUGGCAUUCUUCCUGUGAGAAAAAAGGCCCAAGACAGAACUUUGUUCGCAAAACCAGGAGUGGACUUCGCCGGCUCCGACGUCUUUUACGCCAAACUGCCCGGGCAGGGCUCGAAAAUCCCAGAUCUUUUCGCUAUUCCGGGUGAAAAAAGUGUCUUCAGAGCCACCAACAAAAUGAUGGAGGCAGUAAUAGCAUCUGAAGUCCUUGAAGAUGAAAAUAUGAAGGUGGAUCUUCCCAUAGAACAGAUGAAAGUAAAAAUUGAGGAGGAACAAAACUCCCGACCAGAAAGUGUUGGUGACAGCCCUGCCAAAAACAUCCCAACCCAUCCAAAUUCAAGCUUAAAACGUCUCAGGCCUCAUUCAAGUGACUUCUUCAGCUGGAUUGAUGGUGGAGGCUCCUCUGCAUAACCUGGCUACACAACACCGAAGCAGUAACACUCUAAAGAGAAGAUCUGGGGGGAAAAAGGUUCGCAGUUACGGGCAGUUGCUGUUAAUGGUUGAGGGCAGAGGCAGACCCAGAGGAACACUGAAUAACUGGGACACAAUAGGAGCUCUAUGUGUGUGAGGAGGUCACAUCUGCUGUGCUCCCUCACUCCCUCUCUUCUAGAGCUCUACCAAUAACAACAGCGGAGGCCCUGCGUCUGGCCUCUGUCUUACAACGGCCCUCCUGUGCUGCUCUGGGCCGCUGAUAGACCAUGACAUUUCACUGGGCACCCAUUACUGGCCCUGUCAGUCCUUCUGUUAUCACACGCUUGCAAACAGAAAUAUGACAUCAUAAAACGCCCCUGUAACGUGAGCCCACGGCCACUCAGGAUAAUGGCUGAGGUGUAAAAUUAGUGUUUUGGUAAUAACAUCUCAAAGAAGAAAAAAAAAAACAUGAAAGGUCACAUUUAUGUUGAGGGAAAAAAAG